GGUCGUCGUCGGACGACGCGGCGCUGAUGGGCGGUCCGUCGGCCAAGGAGAUCGGCCUGUCGCCCGACCUGCGCAGCCGGCUCUCGCCCGGCGGCGCCUCCUUCCAGCUGGCGUCGACGCGCUACUAUGUGUACGGUCCGGGGGACGACGGCGUGUUUGUCGAGUACCUGUACCGCGCGCCGGGCGCGGUCGACGACCUGCUUCUCACGCGCGCGGGCCGAGUCCGCAACGACGGCGGCAACCGGUUCGGCUUCGAGUUUGGGCUGCCCCUCCGGCCGUACGAGGCGCGGGUCAAUGCCGACACGACGAGCGGUGACGACAUCUUCGCGGCGCUGGUUAGCGGGCGACCGCUGGAGGGGCUGCCUGCGUCUGCGGCGGGUCUGCCGGGCGGAUCAAAGGUGGAGCUGCAGACCACGUACCUGAGCGAGCGCGUCUGGAUCAUCCGCGACGCGAACGGGCAGACGGCCGCGUUUGAGCGCACAGAGACGCGAUCCGUGGCCGACCGGCGCGGCCUCGUCGCCGACGGGCAGCUGAAGCCGCCAGACGACGACUCGAUCCGCUUCGGCCGGCUGCUGUUCGGGGAGACCCUCUCCGACUACAACGGGUGGGAGUCGGACCAGAAGAAGGACUCGGAGCUCAAGGACAAGCUCUUCAAGUGACGAGGCUUGCCGGCCCCUCGUCGUCGCCGCGCCGCAUCCUGGGCCCGGCGGGUGACUUGCCGUGGGCGCCCCACAAGGACUCUGAACGACGGCGCACGAACAAAUAAACAGCCGUGCCUGCUUGUGUUGCGUAUAUUGGACCCCAUUCGCUCGAACGACGCGC